CUCGUUCCAGAAUCACCAAAUUAAACCAAACCAUCCAGAGCAGCCGAGCAUCUCGUCCAAUCCAUCUCACCGGCCGGCGAUCGACCCGCGACGCGACAUGCUGCUGCACACCGUCCGGUUCCUCUGCUCCGUCGUCGCCGCCUUCGCGCGCCUGGUCCGCGAGCUCCGCAAGGCCAUGGCAACCGCCGCAUGCUCUCCGUCUCCUGUAGCUGUACUCACCGCGCCCGCAGCCGUGUCGCCCAUCGGCCUGAUAGCAUCCACGCCGCUCCCGAAGCGUAGGAAAACGCUUGCCCAGUUCGCCGUCCCGGAGAACCUGCUCGUCGCGCCGCCGCCACCACCGGCGGUGGUUCUUCCUGCAAAGGUGUCCACCAGCGGCGACGACGACGUCAGUGGGGUCGGGAUGGUAGAGCAGCAACAAGAAGCUCGUCAGAGCUUGACGAAGACGAAGGCCGCGUGGGCGGCCAGGAGGAGGCCGUCGAGGCUCGUCAUACCGGUGGCGGACGACGCUGGCGAGGUCGCCGCCGGCUGGGCUGCGGCUGCUGCCGCGCCGGCGAAGGAGACCGACGUGGAGGUGGAGGGGGACGGGUUCUGGGUGGCGAGUAGAGCAGGACCCAGGCAUGCGAUGGAGGAUGCUUAUGCUGUGGUGACUGACAAAAAUGAUGCAGAUUCUCAGCUGGCAUUCUACGGUGUGUUCGACGGCCACGGUGGCCGCGCGGCCGUGGACUUCGUCUCCGAGCGGCUCAGCAAGAACGUGGUGUCCGCGGUGGUCGCCGCCGCGGGAACGGAGGCGCGCCGCGAAGCAUCGUCGGAGGAGGACGCCGUCUCGGCGGCGAUCAAAGCGGCUUACCUGGCCACCGACAGCGAGCUCCUCACGCAGCAUCAGGAUGCAAGCGGCGGUGCGUGCGCGGCGACGGCGGUGGUGAAGGGCGGCGACCUCUACGUGGCGCACCUGGGCGACUGCCGCGCCGUGCUGAGCCGCGGCGGCGCCGCGGCCGCGCUGACGGCGGACCACACCUGCGCCAGGGAGGAGGAGAGGGCGCGCAUCGAGCGGCAGGGCGGCUACGUGUGCCGGAGCGGCAGCGGCGUGUGGCGGGUGCAGGGCAGCCUCGCCGUGUCGCGCGCGUUCGGCGACGGCGCGCUGAAGCAGUGGGUCGUCGCCGAGCCGGCGGUCACCAGGGUGCCCCUUGUUGCCGGCUGCGAAUUCUUGGUCAUGGCGUCCGACGGGCUCUGGGACAAGGUCAGCAACCAGGAGGCCGUCGAUGUCGUCUCCGGGAGCCGGGCGACGGCGUGCAGGGAGCUGGUGGAUAUGGCGCGGUGCAGGGGAAGCAGGGACGACGUCACCGUCAUGGUAGUCGACCUCCAUAGGUUUGUAAGAGAGGAUUGACGGAUCAGAGCUGUUGGAUCGAUCGGGCACACUAACUGAUAGAUGACCAACAAGUUUCACUUGGGUUUUGAUUGAGGGAGAGGUGAAAGUGAAACGGAAGAUGAUAAACUGAUGACUGAACACACUACCAGCAACUUGGUCAUUAUUAAUUGAUUGUAGAUAUUAGCAUAAUGAAAGUUUAUUUAUUUGCAUCCCUGCGGCUGGCCGGCCGAGGAGCAAAUUAAUUAGUUGCCGCCGUAAAUAUCAUUCUUUUUUUUCUGACCCUCACUGUAAAGUACGUGGUUACAGCUAGCUAUUUUAAUUUUGGCAGGUAAUUUUAACUCUGAUGUUUGUUCAAAAGAUCUUUGUAAACUGAGGCGCGGACUUGGAUCUGCUGAACUCAUUUCCUUUAAGAAGCUCUUACAUAACUGUCUAGGGAGUGGAAAUAGAAUGUCUCCAAAUCCGCAUCCACUAAAACUUUUGUACUAUAGAUACUC